AUGCGGGACCCGCCCGGCCCCGCGCUGCGGGCGGCGCUGCCGCUGCUCGGCGCCGCCGUGACCCUCUGCACAGGCCUGCAGUGCGUGUGCCAGCUGUGUGAACACACCAACUUCACCUGCCAGACGGAGGGCGCCUGCUGGACCUCGGUCAUGCUGACCAACGGGCGCGAGGAGGUGGUCAAGUCCUGCGUGUCCCUCCCUGAGCUCAACGCCCAGGUCUUCUGCCACAGCUCCAAGAACAUCACCAAGACCGAGUGCUGUUACACCGACUUCUGCAACAACAUCACCCUCCGCCUGCCCCUCGCGUCGGAGUCCCCGGGCAGGGCCGGCCCCAGGCCCGUGGUGCUGGCGGUGACGGUGGCAGUGCCGGUGUGUGUGCUGGUGCUGGUGGCAGUGCUGGCCGUGUGCACCUCCCGGGGACGCCGGCGCCGCGCCCGCCGUGGCCACAAACCGCCCAACGUGGAGGAGCCCCUGUCCGAGGGCAACCUGGUGAGCUCCGGGAAGACGCUGAGGGAUCUCAUCUAUGACAUGACCACCUCCGGCUCUGGCUCUGGUUUGCCCCUGCUCGUCCAGAGAACCAUCGCCAGGACGAUUGUCCUGCAGGAGAUCGUAGGAAAAGGCCGUUUUGGUGAAGUCUGGCGUGGGAAGUGGUGCGGGGAGGAUGUGGCUGUGAAAAUCUUCUCCUCCAGAGACGAGCGGUCCUGGUUUCGGGAGGCAGAGAUUUACCAGACGGUCAUGCUGAGGCACGAGAACAUCCUGGGCUUCAUCGCUGCCGACAACAAGGAUAACGGGACGUGGACUCAGCUCUGGCUUGUCUCCGAGUACCACGAGCAGGGCUCCCUGUUCGACUACCUGAACAGAGGCACGGUGACGGUGGAGGGCAUGGUCAGGCUGGCACUGUCCGUGGCCAGUGGCCUGGCCCACCUCCACAUGGAGAUCGUCGGCACGCAAGGGAAGCCAGCGAUCGCACACCGAGAUCUGAAGUCCAAGAACAUCCUGGUGAAGAGGAACGAGACCUGUGCCAUUGCUGACCUGGGCCUGGCGGUGAAGCACGACUCGGUGCUCAACACCAUCGACAUCCCCCAGAACCCCCGCGUGGGCACCAGGAGGUACAUGGCUCCUGAGAUCCUGGACGACACAAUGAACACGAACAUCUUCGAGUCCUUCAAACGUGCAGACAUUUACUCCCUGGGGCUGGUGUACUGGGAGAUAGCCCGGAGGUGCUGCGUUGGAGGAAUCACUGAGGAAUACCAGUUGCCUUACUACGAUGUUGUGCCUUCUGAUCCUUCAAUAGAAGACAUGAGAAGGGUUGUCUGUGAGCAGAAACUCAGACCGAAUAUUCCAAACCAGUGGCAAAGCUGUGAGAUAACGUGGUUCAGUAUUGCAGUGCCCGGAGCAGAGCGCUGGCCUCGAGCGUCGUGUUCGGCCGUGGGAAGAGGCAGCUUGGCACUCGAGCUCGGGUUUGAUGCAGCGAGUCCAUGACUCACUCUGGUUUUGUGAGUAAACUGGACACCAGGCGAGUCACAGGAAGGAGGUUAAAGCAUCACAACAGUGUAAAAAUACCUUUUGCUCUUGCACUUUUCAUCCUCGUCAGACCCCAAAUGCCCUGGAAAUGUCUGGUGUUAAAGCUGUUUGCAAAAAAACCCUCAUGUUCUGUCCUCAAACCAAGUAAAAGACCAAAUUUAACCCGGCUUUUAACCUAUUUUUAUGCAAGAAUCUGAAAAGGGGCUAUCAGUAAAAGCAAUUAAAAAAGAUGGAAAUUCCACUAAGCAUGUACCUUGUGAACAAAACCAUUGAGUCAGUUCUCUAUUAACAUUUAUAUUUAUUGUCUCGGUUUCACGUACAAUAUUAUGGUUAGGAUUUGAGUUGUUUUACUCUAUUUGUUCAUUGAACAGAUCGACCAAGGGAUAACUUUUCUUUCUAACAGUUUGUAGAAAAAAUAAUAGAGGCAAUACUUUUCCGUUAGUUACAUAGGGAUAAAGUGGGAGAAAUUCUACCUAAACUGAGAAAAUAUUUAUUUUUAACAAUAUCUUGCUAAUCACUGGUAACAUUUUUUUAGUGCCUUUUGAUGUGUUGGGGGAAGCUUUGACAAAAGCCAAUACAGCCUUUUCAGAGGUUUCUUAUGGAAUUCUGUAACAGCACCAGGCUGGUGAUGAGUGUUAUCAUCUCUGAUCACACCACAGCCAUCAAAGUGAGGUGUUGUAUCAGAAUUAACUGAUGUUCUGGCAUUUUGUGAACUGAUGCUUCUGCCCCACUCCAUGGCCCAUGUAUUUAAAUAUAGUAUUCUAAUAUUUUUAAUAGCCAAAAUUAUACAUUUCAUAAUCAUAUGGUUCUUUAAAUCCUUAAAUUCAGUUGGUCCAUGGAAAUUAAGCCCAAAGAUGUUUCCAGAAUAGCAGAGCUCUGAAAAAAUCUUGUGUGGCCCACGCAGCUCCAUUGCAGAGAGCUGUUGGCUGAUCACAGUGUGUCAGAUCAAUCUUUGGGGUAAAAUCUCUUUAAUUGGAACUGUUGCAGGGAAAAACAGGUUAAACUGUUUUACUGAGUGGGGUGGUCUGCAGUAUCAGCACUCUGGGUUUCUUCCUGACACACAUCUCCAGGAGGCUGUGGAUCCUUUAUGGCUGUUAAUUGCCCGUAAAUAGGCUCUGAUGCAAUUUACCUGUUUGCACAGGUCCUUGUGUUAAAUAAUGUGGGUCUUUCUGGGGUCUGGAGCUGAGCAGUGGAGAAUAUUUCCCUUAAAUUGCUGGUAGAUUUUUCUCCAGUGUGGUUUCUGAGAUAUAAUCAAAGGUGUCUCAGAGAUUUGGGCCAGACUGGACGGGGCUUGGAGCAACCUGGUCUGGUGGAAGGUGUCCCUGCUCAUGGCAGGGAAGGGAACGAGAUGGGCUUUAAGGUCCCUUCCGACCCAAGCCGCCCUGUGAUUUAAUUCUCAUGUGCUUCAACUACAUGAACUACCCCGCAGAGCUCAGUGGAUGUGACUUUCUAGGCUGUUAGAGGAGUAAUUUUAGCACGAUCCAAAGCAUGAUGCUGACUUGGGUAUCAAAAUAUUUGCAAACCUAAAAUACAGCAUUUGUUCUUGUAGUACAUAAGUUGAAAAAAAUUCCUU